AUGACUGUCGAAUUUGAACAACAACAGCCAACGGUUGUAGUUGAAAUUAACAACAACAACAGUAACCAAUCCCAAUCCGUCGAGAUGCAAGACAGUCCUCUCGACAAGACAAACAACAAUACUCAACAACCAUCCAAUGCUAGACGACCUUCGAGAAAUCCCUUCAAAAGAAGAAAACAAAAAGAAGCUACUAAAACUGACGAAGAAAUUCCUGAUGUGAGAGAACCCAACUUGGGGUUCAAAGAUGCUUUUACCAUGUAUAGAAUUAUUGGAUGGAACUGGAUUCUAGUUUUCAUUGGUAUUAUUGGAGCCAUGGGAGCAGGUGUCAUUCCACUGUCUUUCCAAUUUCUCAUCGGAGAUCUCAUUAACGUAUUUACUCCUGUUCGUGCAGAUGGUAGCUUGGUCCCACCUCAAGAAAUGAAAGAUGGUGUUGCCAAGUAUGCCUCUUAUUUUGCAAUUAUUGCUGCCGGUGCAGCUGUUGCAAACUUUUUGAAAGACUUCUUUUUGAACUGGGCCAGUGAAAGAAUUGGUAUGAAUGUGAGAGGAGCUUAUUUUGAUGCCCUUACUAAACAAGAAAUGGGCUUUUUCGAUAUCAAGAAAAUUGGUGCUCUCACGGUUACCUUGUCUGAAGAUGUUAACAGAAUUCAAGAAGUUUAUUCGGUGAAGAUUGCAACCUUGUUGCAAAACCUUACUCAAUUCGUCAUUGGUCUCAUCCUCGCCUUUAUCAGUGGAUAUCAAAUGGCAGGUGUAAUGAUUAGCACUCUGCCUCUAAUGAUUGGAGGAGUAAUGGUUUUGGGAGGAGUAAUUCGAGCUUUAACCGCUAAAAUCAAUAAGGCCAAUGAUCACAGUGCUUUCAUUGCUACUGAAGUGAUGAGUUCCAUGAGAACGGUGAGAAGUAUGGCCGGUGAAGAAAAGGAGCGAGCAAGGUAUGGUAAAGAUUUGAGAAAAAUGUAUUUGGCUGGUAUUGGAAAAUCAAUUGCUCAAGGCAUUACUUUUGGUUCUUUGAUUGGUGUUUUGUGGGGAACUACUGCUUUGGCAUUUUGGUAUGGGGGUGGUUUGGUGGUUGACAAGACCAUGGACGUGGGUGCCAUGUUAAAAGUCUUUGGUUUGUCUUUGUUUGCCAUCAUUGGUAUCAGUCAAGCUGGAUCCUUCUUCCCAGACUUUGGAAAAGCAUUGGUUUCUCAAAAGGCUGUCCUCAAGAUUAUUAAGAGAGUUCCUGCUAUCACUUUUAAGGGUGGAAAGACUUUGGAUAAUGUGAAGGGUAAUAUUCGUUUUGAAAAUGUGGAUUUCAUUUAUCCAUCUCGACCAGGUGUCACAGUCUUAAAAGAUUUUAGCUUGGAAAUUAAUCCAGGUCAAGCUGUGGCUUUGGUUGGUCCAUCAGGUUCAGGAAAAUCUACCAUUGUCGGAUUAGUAGAGCGAUUCUACGAACCAGCUAAAGGAAAAGUGUACAUUGACGGAGUGGAUAUUUCUGAAAUUGAUCCAAUGUGGUUGCACAGAAAUGUUGGAAUUGUCACGCAAGAACCAGUCUUAUUUGCUACCUCCAUUUACAACAAUAUUGCAUAUGCAGUGGGUGAUAAGAAUGUCACUCCUCAACAAGUUGAAGAGGCUGCCCGAGCUGCCAACUGUCACAACUUUAUUAUGGAUCUUCCACAAAAAUAUAACACAAUAUUGGGAGAAAAAGGUGUGUCUUUAUCAGGUGGACAAAAGCAAAGAAUUGCUAUUGCCCGAGCCCUCGUUCAAAAUCCUCAAAUUUUAUUACUCGACGAAGCUACUUCUGCAUUGGACACUGAGUCUGAAGCUUUGGUUCAAGCAGCUUUGGAUCACUUGAUGAAGGGACGUACCACCAUUUGUAUUGCUCACAGAUUGUCCACUGUUAAGAAUGCAGACAAGAUUUGUGUUUUGGCCAAGGGUGUUCUCAAGGAAACUGGUACUCAUGACGAGUUGAUGAAAAUUGAAAAUGGUAUUUAUAAGGGAUUGGCUGAGAAACAAAUGUUGUUCAGUCAUCAAGAAGAUUUGGAAGAUGUUAUGGACAUGUAA